AUCGAUCAGACCUACCAUCACAAGACCAGAUUACGCCAAGCUUCCACAGAGCCCGGGCCUUUAUUCACCGGGCCUGUCUUACUGCAGCCCAGAUCUGACCUGUCUUAUAAGGUAUCAAAGCGGAACGGCAGUAGGAGUCUUUGAGCAAUCCAAAACGCGUCUCGCAGAAUCUACCUCAACGACAAGUCAUCGUUACUAUAUAGUAAAGAUGGUUUCUGUAAGGUCGACUUUUAUAUUCCUAUUUUUGUUCAUUUUGAUUUUGAGCACUGGAGCCUACAUGUACAUCAGCUACAACAUUGAAGGUCUGUCACUUAAGAAAAUGGUGUCUGGUGCAUCGGCUAGCUAUAGGGAAAGGGCUGCUGACACAUACCUUCUAACAGAAACUGCUUCAUCACCGUCACCAUCAUCUGUCGACACUAAGGGAAGGGGUAAGACUUUAGUUGCAUCGUUGUACAACUAGCGCUAGCGUACCUGCCUGCAUCAUAGGAAUUCCUUACUUGCCUUCUGUGAAACAUUUUUAAACACCAACACUACGUUAUUCCACCUAAAAAGUAUUUGCCACCUUUAGGCUUAAACAAAAGCAAGGCCGAAUUAAAGAUACAAAAUGGGAAGAUAUAAUAAGUAAAAGAAGGCAAAACGUCAACCUUAACCUUCGAAUUUUAAAGGCCUACCUACCAUCACAGAAUCCAUGCAGACUUAAGUAACUAAAUCUAUUGAUAUAAUUCAUAUACUUGUAUAUUUAUAAGUAAAAUAUUAGACAAUGGUUAGGCUAGACAAUGGUUAGACAGAUUUCUAAUGACCUUGAACACCAUAAUUGAAAUAAAGUUUAAAAAAAUGGAAUCAGAAAUGAAACAGGCCAUUCGAUGUAGGAGAGUUGCCGAUAUUCAUGUAGAAAUGCGGGGUAUAUAUGAUUAUAAUGUAUUCAAGUCGCAACAUUUUUUCCUCGCUGGAAAACAUGUGCAAGUCAGCAAUAUAAGAUAAAAAUGUAGAGAAAAAAACAGUUGCUAAUUCUAUAUCUGUACCUAAAUACAGUCAAUAUUUUUAAAGUAAAUGGUGCCAAUUUACGUUAAUUCUCAGAUGUAAUAAAAAGAUUUGUCAUAUAAAAAUUGAAUUGUUGUGGACUUAAGGCCAAUUUAAUUGCUGUUCCAAUCUCAUGUUAUUUUCUCUUCGUCCUCGAGAAACUUGGGAAAACUUAACAGAAGCGGAGACUGAACAGUCCCGAAGAAUAACUAUGCUUAACGCAUACUGUGCGAGGAACUUUCCAAAGGGUGCAUCGAAACCGAGCCGAAACAACCACAUAUUCAUUUUUGACAAGAUCAAAACGGUCUACUGCUAUAUCCCCAAAACCGGGUGUACAACAAUGAAACUGUUACUUUACAAUCUGGAGCACAAUGAAACUGAAAAGUUGUCGUGGGGUUUUAGAAAAGUUGACUGGUUACCUUCUGACGAUAAAAGUAACCGUACGUCUGGCGAACGUGAUGUUGAGUGGAUACACCGACAAAAGUUUAAAUCAUUGGAGGACUACAGCGAAGAAGAAGUCAGUCUGCGUCUUGCGACCUACAAAAAGAUCAUCGUUGUUCGCGACCCUUUGGAGAGGUUGGCGUCUGCAUGGUUCGACAAGUUCGUUAUUACGCCGGAACGUGUCGGCGAAUAUGCGUUUGUUAAUCGCAUGAGGCGUGGUUUAGACAGCUUAGAAGAUCGCACCCUAAUAGACGAGUUAAGUAAAAUAAACGAAGAAAGGACAGACAACGACCCAAAACGAGUGUCAUUCCGAGAGUUUCUCUUUGCCGUUUCGCAUCGAAAAGUGGAAAGUCAGCACUGGUUAUCAUUCGACAGGCUAUGCACACCAUGCAAGAUUGACUACGACUUUGUUGCCCACACGGACACAAUCGCUUCGGACAUUAGACUCUUCUUAAAGCAGAACAACAUCACAGCUAAUGAAGACGUCCUCCCAAAACAUCAGUCGAGAAACGUGAACAAUGGCAAUGUUUUUAAAGACUUCUACGGCCGAGUCCCGAUUGAUGAAAUUUUGCCACUACAGAAGGUCUUUCAGAAGGACUUUGAUAUGUUCGGAUACUCUUUCGAGGAAGAUUUGGCCAAAAGAAAUGAAAACCAUCUGGUUGGUUCUUGAUUUUAUUCUUUGGUAAAGCAAGACUGCUAGACUGUAAGAAUGUGUAGAUAGAAAUAAUUCAGAGAUUCACAAAGUCUAAAUUACAUACUAAAUAGAAUCUUAACUGAUAAUAAGAUCGAGUUGAUACCACAUUUAAUGAUAUAUUCUGUCAACAAUAGAAUUUUUUGGGUUUUAUGUCAAGUUACACAUGAUUUCUAAUAUUAAUAAUAUUUUAUGUAACUUGAUGUAAAUUUCAUCAUAGAAAAUGCCAAUAUUCAAGAUGGCGGACAACAUCAUUAUUAGAUCAAAUGAACAGGUAAUUUCCUUAAAAGUUCAUCACUACUUCAAUGUCUUAUUACAAAAAAAGUUAAUAUGAAGGUCUUUAGUCUAUUUCAGCCUUUAUCUUGAAAAACAACUAUUUUUCAAAAUCCAAGAUUGAUGAUCCAAUAUGGCGGAUAGCUUAAAUAUGCCUGACGUGAUUUUAUGACGUCACUGGUGUUGCUAUGGGCAAUAUAAGACUUAGUACACCCUAGUAUUUUAUUAUAAACACCUUUUGUUAAAGUUGAGUUGUAUACCAUUGAGUAGGAAAUAACCUAUCAAUACGGUUUUGGCCAAUACUAUAACAUUAAUGACGUCAUAAUGACGUCAUAUCGCGUCAUAACGCCAUAAAAAUAAUUGUGGUUGUAAACAUUUCUUCGGUUUACCGAUUUUAGAGGAUUUUGUCCAGUGUAUCCUUUGUUUUUGAACGAGGCGGGGAGGGGGGGGGCGAUCGCUCGAAAGUUUUGCUACCUAGGGAAACGGGGAAAUGUAGUAGAAAUGUCGGCUAUCAUGAGGGUUUAACACAACCUAAUUGUUGUAAAUAUGGGGCUCAGGUUUGCCGGUUCACGGAUUAUGUUACUUUAUUUGAACUUUCUUGACUGAAUUUUGAGGUGGUGAUAAAAAAUCUCGUACACCUGAUGGAGCUUUAUUCACUGUA